GACCGACCAAGCCCCCCGAACCCGCACGAGACGACAGCCGCGUGACGUCUUCGCCCGCGGCGCCUUCUUCUCCCUCCCUCCCCCCGCUCGCUGCCCCGCCCCCCGGCCCCGCCGAAACCCUAGCCUCGGCCCCGCCCCCGCCGUAGAGGAGGGAAGGAGAGAGCGGCGGCGUCAGGGGGAGGAGCAGCGGGGGCGCCGAUGGGAAAGAAGAAGAAGCGCGUGGAGAAGGUCUUCUGCUACUACUGCGACCGCGAGUUCGACGACGAGAAGAUCCUCGUCCAGCACCAGAAGGCCAAGCACUUCAAGUGCCACGUCUGCCACAAGAAGCUCUCCACCGCCUCCGGCAUGGCCAUACACGUCCUCCAGGUCCACAAGGAGUCCGUCACCAAGGUUCCUAAUGCGAAGCCUGAUAGGGAGUCAACGGAUAUUGAGAUCUUUGGAAUGCAAGGAAUCCCUGCACAUGUAUUGGCUGCUCACUAUGGAGAAGAGGAAGAUCCUUCAGCGAAGGUAGCCAAAGUAGAAGUGCCGCAGGUAAGGCCUGUUAUUAUGCCUAAUAAUCUAGGCAUGGCAUUUCCUCCACGGCCACCUUAUGGUGUAGCACCUCCAAUCUAUAAUCCUGCACUGAAUCCUUUAAUGGCCCGACCUCCGAUUUGGCCUACUCCACCAGCACAAGCUUGGUAUCCACAACAAGUAGCAUACCCACAACAACCACAAGUUUCAGUUGCUCCAGUAGUUGCUGGGCUGCCACCACAACAGCCAUUAUUUCCUAUUCAGAAUGUGCCUACUCCUAUGACAUCAGCACCUGCUAAUAUACUUCAGACAUCGUUUCCUAUGGCUCCUCCAGGAGUACCUUCACCUGUUGCCCCUCAGGAUUCCCAGCCUUUGUUUCCUGUUAACACUUCCGUUGUCAAUGGAGCUGCAAGUUCCCCAUUUGUAGCAUCUGUUGCACCUGGAACCAUCCCGGCAAGCUCUCCUGCAGCAGUUGGAUAUGGAGCCAAUAACCAAGGCACUGGUGGUCCAGCAGUUGGAUCUUCACCUGCAGUAUCCAAUAACAAAGCGUCUAGUACCCAGCCAGCUACAAAUGAGGUCUAUCUGGUGUGGGAUGAUGAAGCAAUGUCAAUGGAGGAAAGAAGAUUGUCGUUGCCCAAGUAUCAGGUGCAUGAUGAAACUAGCCAGAUGAACUCAGUUGAUGCAGCAAUUGAUCGAAGAAUAUCAGAAAGUCGGCUAGCAGGACGCAUGGCCCUAUGAAGAAGUUGGGCCUUGCUUGGUAGACUACCCCUUGCAGUUCAGCGAUGGACCCUGCCUGUGUGUGUGUGUCACCUUUCAGCAGGGGUCCUGAUCAUUUAGUUAGUCAACGGAGUUAAAGAAUGUGCUGUUUCUGACCUGUCGGACAGUGUCGAGCUUUUGCUCUUGUAUCCUUCCAGCUGAAGGAAAUGAUUUUAGUCUUUAGAAGUUAUUUGGUCCAUUUUUAUUUUACCUCACUGGGAAUCUGAUGAUGAAUUGUGUCAAGUUCUGCCCGGUUGUAGCCUAAUGAUGUGUACCUGAUGGUUUUUGCUGUUUGCGAAGCAAACUCUAAAUUGUUGUUGCCUAUUUUAAUAACACAUGUUCCAACUGUUCCAAGAA